UUUUUGAUGAGUCGACUUCUGUCAUUCCCACAUCCGCCGCGUUGAUUAAAACGAAAAAGUAGUCUUUUUGGCAACAUUUCGUAUCAGUAAAACACCGGGAUUAUUGUUCAGUUCCUACGGUACAAUUAAAUUAUGUUAUUUUAUUAACUAAACAUUUCAUCUUGGUGAAACUGCGGGCAAAGCAAUAUAAAAAAUGGCAGUGAACGUAUAUUCAACUAAUGUUACCUCUGAAAAUCUAUCACGGCAUGAUAUGUUGGCGUGGGUUAACGACUGCUUACAAUCAAAUUUUGCUAAAAUAGAAGAGCUAUGCACAGGCGCCGCUUAUUGUCAAUUCAUGGAUAUGCUGUUCCCCGGUAGUGUACCUAUCAAAAGGAUCAAAUUCAAGACCAAUUUGGAACAUGAAUAUAUUCAGAACUUUAAAAUAUUACAGGCCGCUUUCAAAAAAAUGGGUGUUGACAAGGUAAUACCUGUGGACAAGUUAAUAAAGGGGAGGUUUCAAGACAAUUUUGAGUUCUUACAGUGGUUUAAAAAGUUUUUCGAUGCAAAUUAUGACGGUCGGGAAUACGACGCCUUCGAUGUUAGAGGGGGUUUCACGAUCGGGUCCGGAGCGUGCGAUAGCGGUGUGCCGCUGUGCGCAGCCGCCGCGCCUCCGCCUCGCGCUCGCAGGGCUGCGCCCCUACACCACUCCGGCAUUGGCAAGACCAACAGCACAGUGCGGUCGCCGCCCGUUAAUUUGGCAAGAAUACAGAAUUCAAAAGGAGAUUCUAAAGCCAUUGAUGAUUUGAACAUUCAGCUCAAUGAAUUAAAAGCAACCGUUGAGGGUCUGGAGAAGGAACGAGAUUUCUACUUUGGUAAGCUUCGAGACAUAGAGGUCAUCUGUCAAGAGAUGGAAGAACAACAAACUGCUCCCAUUAUAACGAAAAUAUUGGAUAUCUUAUAUGCAACUGAGGACGGUUUUGCGCCUCCCGAGGAGCUGGACGGUGAAAACCCUCAUCCGCCGGAGGAGGACGAGUACUGAACAUCGUAAACAUAGUGCUCUUUGUAUAUUAAACUUGAAAUUAUAUCGCUUUAUAAUAAACAGUAUCAAGUGCUUAGAAUUUCACAGCCAAUGAGUCGUAAGGUACAUGUAGGCUAAAUAAAUAUGGAGACAGUGGCCCGAAAAUUUAUUAGACUUAUACUGAAGUUCCUAUAUGUAUCACUUAAUCAAACAUAUAUCUAUAUCGUAAAUUCGUACUUUUUUAAUUAGAGUUUUUUUUUUAAAUUCAGCUUUCCUACAUUGACUCAAUACUUUUUACUAUGAUUUGAUAAUUGUUUAUCUUUUAUGUGUCACUGACAUUUGAUUAUUUUUUUGUAAAUAUCAAAACAAGUUGAGUAUUUUUAAUUAAUUUCUUUUUAUUCGUGCAGUAAAACAAAUGUAAAGUUCGUCUUAACAGAUAGGGCUGUGUCAUAUCUAAGUACAUUCCUUUUUUAUUUGGGAGCAUUAUCUUUCGACUGAUUUCUUUCUAUGUUCUUUAUGUUUUGAAGAAGAAUCUUGCUUCUGACGCCUUUAAUGUGGAGGUUAUUGAAUUUGGUGCAUAAACUAUGUGACAUAUAUUAUUUUUGGGCCACUGGUCCGGAUAUAAACGUGCAUUUAAUAGGUUGUUAAAUAUGGAAGAGAUUUAAUGUUACUUGUUUCUGUUAUGAUGUCGAAAUUGACUGAAAACAUAUUUGGUACUAAAAUGUUCAUACAAGUGAUUAUAAAUUAGAUCUGAACGAAAUAUAUUCCACCGAAUGUACUAAUUGUCAUGGAAUAGUUUCGUUAUGAAUUGGCUGGCAUUAGAGUAAUAAUAAAAAGUAAAAUAAAACAUUAAAGAGGAAAGUAUCAUUUGUGUUUCCUAACUUUUGGUAACUGAAUGUAGACUAGCACUAAUAUAUCUAACAUUAGAAAUAUUUUAAUAUCCAGAUUAUGUUAAUUUAGAGGAGCAAUUAUAUUGUGGAGAUUCAAACGACUUGUUGGCAAUAGGAGAUGUUAUUUGCUGGUUGACUUAUAGAUAAAUAAUUUAUUUACUUGUGGCAUAGAUAAAUUGCCUUAACUGCAGACAUGAACAAAGCCUCCAGUUUUAAGAUUGUCAGUCUUAUCAAUAAAGUAACUUCAUUAAAACUA